GUUUGUGCUCAACUCUGGACAAAGGAGCAUCAAGAGCUCUUUACUUCAUUUCUCAGGACCGACACAAGACGACAAGAUGAGCUACGGAAGCAUUAUGAGAAUUCCUACUUCUGGAGCCUCCUGGCAAACGGCUCAGCAGGACAACCUGGGCUGCUCAGGUGUGGCUGCUUCAGAGACAAUGGCAGCGACGGAUGCCAACAGAAUGAGGAAGUACAAGUCCAAAAUAGAUAAUGUGGGACGGAGCUGCGGAAUAGACCCUGCUCUCAUCGCAGGCAUCAUCUCCAGAGAGUCCAGAGCUGGAAAUCAACUACAGAAUGGUUGGGGGGAUCAUGGAAAGGCCUGGGGUCUGAUGCAGGUGGAUGUUACUCCAAAUGGAGGAGGACACACACCUCGGGGUGGCUGGGACAGCGAGGAGCAUCUCCGCCAAGCAACUGACAUCCUCGUGUAUUUCAUUGGAAGAAUCCAAGGAAAAUUCCCGAACUGGAGCCGAGAGAUGCAGCUGAAAGGAGGAAUAGCUGCGUACAACAUGGGGGACGGAAACGUUCACGAUCAGAAUGUGGACGCGAACACGACCGGCGGAGACUACUCCAACGACGUUGUUGCCAGAGCUCAGUGGUACAAGAAGCAAGGAUAUUAGUGGCUGCAGACGACUGAAGCAACUGAUGAAGAAAACUCAACACGAGCACGCUCUGUGUUUCCUCAUGCAUUUCAAGAUUCUUUUAAACGUUCAUAUCUGAUGCCUGUGAUGAAUUCGUGGUGAUUUAUAUAAAUGUCAUUGUGCUUGAGUAAAAAUAUGAACUCACAUUUGUUGGUUUGUUUUUCUUGAGUGGCUGAGGAGCUGCACCUCAGAGCAGCAGUCAGCAUUCUCACUCUCACCUGGGUUGGACUGGUUGAAUUACUGGUUGGAGAGUGUUUGGAGGGUUUACUGUGUGGAGUUACUCAUGUUCCCCACCCUGCAGUGUACUAUGUACAGAGAAAUAAAAACAUUACUCUUCC